GAAUGGAUGGAUGACUCUAAAGACUUGUUGCAGACAGUAAAGGCAAGGGACUAGAGGAUGGGAAGCCACUGGGAGGUAAAAACAGACUAACAAAGAAGAGAACUGACAGCCUACAAGUCUAUUAUGGUGCUGCAAUUAGAAGCAACCUCACAAGCUUGGGCAGUAUGAGGAAAUCAGUAUGGGCCAUUUGGUUUCAUUACUUGUCGACAGACACUACACCUCAACAUGGCCUCUGUUCUAAUGAAUGGUGCAAAUGUUUGAAAAGUAAGGAAAGUGGCAAAGCCUAUAGCCAUAAAAAUAACCUUCCUUGUGGGGUUUCAAUGGCCAUUAAACCAACUUUUAGAGCACUGGCUUCACCAGAACUGCUAGAAAUAUGUCUGCAUGGGAAAACACAGAACCCAAAUGAAAGUUUCAAUGCUCUUAUUUGGAAAAGAUGUCCAAAGACUGUGUUUGUUUCCAAUUUGGUGGUGAAGAUUUCUGCCUUGGAAGCUGCAGCAGUGUUUAAUGAUGGGAAUGUGGCAAGAUUUCACAUCCUCAGCAAGUUGGGCUUUACACCUGGAGUUUUCACUGAGCAGAUACUGCAGAUCAUUGAUAAGCAAAGAAUCGCGAAGGCAGAGACUUCAGUCCAGAACAUACAAAAAAUUGCUAGGCAAAGGAGCAGAGAAGCUAAAAGAGCUGUAGAGGAUGAUGAGGAAGAAAUGGAAUAUGGAUAUUGACAUAUUUAGCUAAGGAACACAUAUAUCAGAAAUUACUGGAAGGAUUGCAAUGAAAUUUGGCACACCUAUUCUUUUACUUUGAAGCAAUAUUUAAGUGGAACAAAAUUUGAUAAUAUAUUGAAAAGUUUGCUUAUAAAAAUGUUCGAAUCCAAAAUACCACAGAAUAUAAUAACAUUAAUUUACCAAAA